AUCAUUAUGAUCAAUUUUAUAUUCUAUAUUCAUCGCAUUCACAUUAUAUUAAUUAGUAUGGUUUUAGUCCAAUUCAAUUAGGGAUUUGGAUUCUAUCAAUUAUUUAUGAUUUGAUAAGUCUAAUUACCCCCCCCCCCCCAAAAUAAAAAAAACCACAAAAAGCACACUUUCAAUAUCAUUAAACCAUGAGUCUAAUUGUCGGUUGAUUGAACUUUGAAUUCAUAGACGAGCAACGCUAUUCUCUGCUUUUCAAAUGUCAUACUGAUCGCGCCUUUCAAAUAUCCCCUCCAUCAUGCCUGUCGAUCCUAAUCGCGCCACCACCGUCAAUGCCACCGCUGUCGCAACUGCGCUCUCUGCUGGCUUUACAUCUGUUACCGCCGACACAGCCACCACAAUGGUCGCGCCUUCUCGUUCUUUGAUGAGUUCACAACCAUCGUCACCUACACCUACAUCUCCACUCCCUCAACCUCCUCCUCAUCCCCCCCAACUCCACAAAGCCCUCCAUUUCCCAUCUCAAUCCCUCUACGCAGCUCAAGCGCUCCCUGUUCGAUCCCCAAACUUCCGUCCCAAUUCUCAAUUGUCCGUACCCCCUGUCCCCAAAGGUAUCUGCCCCUUUUCGACGGAUCAGAUGGUCGCCGUGUCGACCCACGGUGGCAGUGGUUACGUGCCUCCGUCUCUUGUAUUUCCCCAUCAUGUUCGGGCCAGGAGUUCGCCUCAGUUGGAUUACUUGAACCAUCCGUUGAUGACUGGUCUGCACAAUUCACGGUACCCACAUCUGGGUUCUGCUGUUAACGGUGUCCCGGUUUCGUCACAUACGAAGGUUGCUCCUCGAGCUACAACUUCUAAUGGCGAUGGCUAUAAAGAUAGAAGGGACAGAAGCAGAGAUCACAAUCUUAUCAUCGUCAAAGGGAGAAAUGUCAGAAUAACAGAGGAUGCUUCUCUGUAUGCGCUUUGUAGAUCAUGGUUAAGGAAUAUUACGUAUGAAGAUUGGCAGGUACAACAGAAAGAUGUCAUAAAGGAACUUCCCAAACCCUUGCCAGCAGCAUCAGUGAUGUGCAGUUAUAUGUCGAACAAGAAAGUUGAAGAAGAGCAAGAGGAUGAGAAAUCUGUUGAAAACUUGACUCCACGAGAUAUAUUGCAGUGGCAUAUCAAGCGUUCUAAAAGGGUCAGAGGAAGAUUAAGGGAAGAACGAUUACGGCGAAUUUCAAGAUACAGAAGUAGGCUCUGCCUUCUGCUUCCUCCCCCUCCUGAAACAGUUCAGAAAUGACACAGCUGCUGGGAACUGAGCUUGCUGGCUUCGCAAACUUUGGGGUGAUCAAGUUACUUAUUAUAGGCAUGUUAAUUCCGUAUUAUGCAUGUGGGUUCUUCAAGAGUGGAAAGCAUAAACUGGUCGAAAAGCUGAUGAAUAUGAUGCAAGGAAGUGAUAUGUUUGUUUUGUCGAGAUACGUUUUUCUUUCAUGAAUUACUCCAACAGAUAUGUAUGCCCCCAGCUUCACAUACAGAAGUCUGUUUUGAGACUGAAUGGAGCAUUCAGAUAUUCUUUUGAUUUCGUCUAUAGGUCCUCCACCAGUAAAAAUCACUGAUACUAGCUAUUAUUUGAAUGAAUAGCAGUUACUUACUUAUGGUUUGUCUCUUCCUAGAGGGAUAAUGACUAUAUUUUCUUGUACUAAGGCCAGAUGAGUUCACCUAGAUGUUGUGGAUACAAUGUCUGUUUCUGCUAGGUGAUUGUAAAUAAAACUUUGUAUGUAUAUUCGGAUUUAGUGAUGGCGAU